AGGAAACUAAAGUUGUUGAAAAACAAAAAAAAAGGAAAAACAGAAAGAAAUGUUGCAAAGAACUCUUCGUGUGCUUUUCGAUUUUUCGUCCGUUCGUCGUGUCUCCGGCGCUCAAUGCUUUAUUUUAUCUUUCCAAUAAUAAAUUAAUGUAUUUAUUUUUCUUCGGGAUAAUGUAUUAAUAGGAAAUUCCAUUAAACAAUAAACUAACAAACAAUAGUUCUGCAUUUAAAAAAAGAAAACUUGGAUUAUUGGGAUUGUGUGUUAUAGAGUGUAUCUUUGGUUUUUCUUUUAUUUUACCACUCGGGAAGAAGCAAAUGUAAUCAAGGGCGCUUUAUACAUUAAAAAAGAAACAACGAAAACGAAACAGUCGUCUCGUCAAGAGAUAUUCCUUUGGCCAAAAAUCACCUUUCACCCUAAACAAAUGUCGUUUGUCGAUUCGUGCGUGUAUCUGUAGCUGUGCUUUUUAAAUGUUGAGUUCCUCCUGUUCCAUAAAAAGAAAAAGUUUUUAAACAAAUAAUACAAGAAGUUAAUAAUAUGUCUGCAUAAACAUUCAACUUCAAUUUCUUCAUUCUUCAGCGGUCUUAAUUAAAUUAAUUUUUGGUUCCGUUCGGAUUUGAUCUGUAUCUUUUCCGUCUUCAUAUAAAAUUCUAAUUCCUCUUUCUUUUUACCGCUGCUGCUGCGUCUUCUGCUGCUGGAGCGCUGGGCCAAAUUGGUAUUGGUGGAAGGUGGUUGUAAACUCUUGUUGAUAAAACAAGAAGAAAAAUACAGUAAAGAAAAAAGGUAAGGAAGAAAGCCGUAAAAAGUAGAAACGACAUCAACCAUGAAAAAAAAUAUCUGAAGAAGGCUUAAAAAAUGUUGUUUCUUUCAAAAAACCAAAAACGUUCCAACAGCACAAUGAAAAUAAUUUUAUCAGCAUUUAUAAAAAUUCUUUAAUAAUUAAAUCAAAUUCGUGACUAGUACAAUUUUAAUAAUAAAACAAAACCAAAUCAAAGAACAAAUUACAAAUCAGUAAAAUGUUUCUUGAAAUAAAAUUUGCUGAUACAUCGGGACGGUGUUUUUUCAAAUAAAAAUAAAAAUGACGUUUGAAAGAAAUAUAAAAACCAAUUGAAUUUUGGUGUUAAAAUCUAAUUAACAAAAAAAUAAAAAGAGCAUAACAAGUUCUUCUUUAAACUUAUACAUUUUUUUUAGUUUAUGAGUAUUUUGUUCAUGUUUAUGCUUUUUUUUGUAAAAUAAAAACAUCAAAAGUGUUCAAUUAAAAAUAAUACCAUAACUAAAAAACAGAAAAUCAUACACAAACAAUUUGCUGCAUAAAAAAUAGAAAAUGGAAAGCAACGUAAGAUUGCGGAUACUAGUAACCAGUGUUUGUCUAUUGCUAACUAUUCAUUACUUAAAUGCCGAUCAGGUGAUCCUAUUAGACACAACGAGAGAGGCAACAUUAGAAUGGACCAGAUAUCCGUAUGGUCCUCAAGCACAAACACCAGGCUGGGUAGAAGAGUCGUUUACAGAUUUCGUCAAAGGUAUCAACUGGAGAAGCUACGUUGUCUGUGAUGUUGCCUAUCAUAAUGUUAACAAUUGGUUAUGGUCGCCGUUUAUUGAUCGUGGUCCAGCCAACCGCUUAUAUAUAGAAAUUCAAUUUACAAUAAGAGACUGUUCAUUGUUUCCAGGAAAUGCAUUGUCCUGCAAGGAAACAUUUAGUUUGCUUUUUUACGAAUUCGACGCUGCUACAAGGGAGCCUCCACCAUGGCAGCCUGAAAGUUACAAGCUAAUUGCUCGUAUUGCGGCUGGUGAAGGGCGAUUCAAUCAAAAUUCAGAUGUUGACAUCAAUACAGAGGUGAAGAGUAUAGCAGUGACGAAAAAGGGUGUUUAUUUUGCUUUUCGUGAUCAGGGCGCUUGCAUAAGUGUAUUGGCUGUUAAAGUCUAUUACAUAACAUGUCCAAGUGUCACAGAGAAUUUCGCUCAUUUUAAUGAAACUCCAACUGGUCGAGAAAUUACAAUUAUCGAAAAACAAAAUGGUACUUGUGUAAAUAAUGCAGAACCAUAUGAACCACCAACGUACCUGUGUAAAGGGGAUGGCAAGUGGACCAUUCUUACUGGUGGAUGCCGAUGUAAAGUUGGCUUUGAGCCAGAUUACGCCAAUAAGACUUGCAAUGAAUGCUCAGCUGGAACAUUCCGUUCAUUAGAGGUAAGCAAAUGCACACCAUGCCCUCUUAAUUCAAAAUCUUCGAAAAUAGGGGUGGCGUUUUGCCCAUGCCAAACGGGCUAUUAUCGUCACCCCCGAGACGGAAAACAUAUGCCUUGCUAUAAGCCACCAGGCCCACCAACGAAUUUAACACUCUUAUUUGUUGAUCAAACAAGUGCAAUUUUAUCGUGGAACACCCCACAACGGGCCCUCGAUGAACAACUCGACACAAAAUUCCGAAGUGAUAUAGUUUUUAAAGUUAAAUGCGCCUCCUGUUCAUCUAAUGUUGUCCUUAAUCCAUCUACCGAAACAUUCAACGAAACUAAAUUAACACUCACAAAUCUAGAACCAGUUACACCAUAUACAAUUCAAAUUCAUUCCAUGAAUGGUAUAUCCUACGCUGUUAAUCCAGACAACGAUACUUCAGAUGGUGAUAAUGGAACUUCCAAUGCCAGUGAUUCAGUAUCGGAUAAAUCUACGUCGUCGUCUGACGAUGGUUCAACAAAUAUCAAAACAGAGUAUACAGAAAUUGUCUUCACAACUGAGUCUGCCAUAUUGAGUACGGUUUUUAAUGUUCGUAUUGUAUCGAUAACUAGCAAGGAAGCCGAUCUGGUAUGGGACAAGCCAAUCCAUAGUGAUUCACCAAUUGAAUUCUAUGAAGUCAGGUGGUUCCCAAAACCAGAACUCGAUGCUAUAAAUAAGACAGCUCUUAAUACAAAAGAAACCAAAGCUCAUAUUGAAGGACUGCAAGAAAAUGUUGAAUAUGGUUUUCAAGUACGCUGUAAGACUCCAAAUGGAUAUGGAACGUAUAGCAAUAUAGUUUAUGCACAAACUCAUCAAAGUGUUAGUCCAGUUUAUUACGAUUCAAUGCAAAUGCGAAUAGUUGCUGGUGCAACUGUGGCUGUGGUAUUUAUUCUUGUAUUAGUAAUUGUAGCGACAGUUUUAUUCUUGCGAUCCAAAAACCAAGAUGAAUUGGACAAAAAGACCAAUAACCAUUUGCCAUUACCAUUAGAUUACGCCAGCAAUGAAGUUCAUGCCAUGGAUACUACACCAAUUGUUAAGACUAUCCAAUCCAACGUGACUACACCUCUAUUUGGAACAAGUCGAAGUUAUGUGGAUCCACAUACUUAUGAAGAUCCAAACCAAGCAAUACGUGAAUUCGCUCGAGAAAUCGAUGCAAGUUACAUAACUAUCGAGGCUAUUAUCGGCGGCGGUGAAUUCGGAGAUGUAUGCAGGGGUCGUCUCAAAAUACCACCAAACUUCGUUCAAGACAUUGAUGUCGCAAUCAAAACUCUGAAACCAGAAACAUUAAAAGCUGUUUCUCAAACAGGUUCAUCAGAAAAAGCUCGCUGUGACUUCCUAACCGAAGCCUCUAUAAUGGGACAGUUCGAUCAUCCGAACGUAAUAUAUCUUCAAGGUGUUGUCACGCGAUCAAAUCCUGUAAUGAUAAUAACCGAAUAUAUGGAAAACGGCAGCUUGGAUACAUUUCUUCGUGCUAAUGAUGGAAAAUUUCAAACCUUACAACUUAUUGGAAUGCUACGUGGCAUUGCUAGCGGCAUGUCUUACCUGAGUGAUAUGAAUUAUGUGCAUCGUGAUUUAGCGGCACGAAAUGUUCUCGUCAAUGCACAAUUGGUGUGUAAAAUCGCUGACUUUGGUUUGUCACGUGAAAUUGAAAAUGCUAGCGAUGCAUAUACGACAAGAGGAGGUAAAAUUCCGGUCCGCUGGACGGCACCUGAAGCAAUAGCUUUUAGAAAAUUCACGUCAGCUUCUGAUGUAUGGUCAUAUGGAGUAGUUUUGUGGGAAGUCAUGUCGUAUGGUGAACGUCCUUACUGGAAUUGGUCGAAUCAAGAUGUUAUAAAGAGCAUAGAAAAGGGAUACAGGCUUCCAGCACCGAUGGACUGUCCGGAGGCACUCUAUCAGCUAAUGUUAGACUGUUGGCAAAAGCAACGCACGCAUAGACCAACGUUUGCGAGUAUAGUAUCAACUUUAGAUAAUUUAGCGCGCCAGCCACAGGCCCUUCUCACAACAAGAAAUUCACCUGAUAAUGAUGGAACACAUAUCAUCGAUACACAACGUGGUCAUAAUAUAUUUAUAAGUACAGAUUUAUGGCUGGAGAGUAUUAAAAUGUCACGCUACUCCCAGCAUUUUAAAGAAGCUAAUUUAGUGACAGCGCAACAGAUUUCAAGACUUACUGCUCAACAGUUAUCUGAUAUGGGCAUCACCUUAGUAGGACAUCAAAAGAAAAUUUUGCAUCAAGCCAGACAGUUAGACACCAUAAUUUAGCAUUUGUAUUGAAAAUAUAUUUUAUAUGUAUAUAAAUAUAUUUAUAAAUAUAUAUUUAAUUAUACAUAUAUGCAACAAAAUAUAUGUAUAAAUAAAUGUAUAUAUAUAUCUAUAAAUAAUAUAUAUUUAUAUAUUCUAAAUUAAGUAGAUUUAUAUUUAAAGCAACAAAAUGUAUAUAUUUCCAUAUAUUUAACACUUAUUCAAGUAUGUCUUAAUUAUAUAAUAAAUUAUAUGAACUAAGUUAAUUCAAAAUACACAAAAAAUAAUUGAGAGGAAAAAACAAAAAAAUAACGUUUCAAGUAGAUUACAGUAAUUUGAAUCAGGAAUGCAUUUUGUUUUUUUUAUAUACAAAUAAAUAUUUUGUUCAUAUUUUUUUAUUUUCUGUCAGAAUAAAUUUAAGAGAAGCAAAAAACAAAACUUUACGAAAAAAGACGUUAUAUUUAUAGAAAACCAACAACCCAACAAAAGAGAAACAUUUAUAAACUGCAUUCUGUAAUAAAUAUAAAAAUACGGCUGAUUCAUAAAAAGAAAAUUUAAAACUAACAAAUGAAAAUGAAAUAAAACAGAAAAUACCUAUUUUGUGUUUUUAAAGCCUUCCAAUAAAUGAAAAAAAAAUUAAACAUUGUAUAAUAAAAAAUGAUAAUAUAAUAUGAUAUGAUACUCAUAACUGCAGAUAACAGAUCUUGUUUUACCUUAGCAUUUUUUAAAUUAAAAAAAAAUUAAAAUAAUAGUUAAACUA